AUGAGUUUGACAGAAUAACAAGAAUAUAAUUAUGAUGCAUAAUACUUGGAGACAUUUGGGUGUAAUCAUACUACAAGAUAAAUGCAUUCUGAAAAAUUGAUUUGUCAAUAAUGUGGCAUAUUUUUAAAUAGCGUAAUUGAGUUUUUUUAAAAUUAAAGUCAACCACAAGAGUAUAUAAAACAACAAAAAUGAAGUAUAAUACCUUCUUCAAUCCGUUAAAGAUUUUGACAAACAUUUUGGCUCCAUUAACAAUAGCUUAGCACUAAAUUACUAGGUUGCCAAUAAUUGAUUUCUUAGAAUAAACUUCUGAAAGAUUAAACUUAAGUACAAAUACUGCUUUUUUGGCUAUCACAUAUAUUGAUCAUUUUUUCAAUAAAGUCAGUGUGGAUGAAAAAUAAAUAUUUUUAUAUGCAGCUGCAGCUCUAAUGUUAGCAGCAAAAGCAUAGGAACUAGAUGAAAGAAUACCAUUUAUUAGUAAACUCAAACGUUAUUCAUCUUUAACCCCACAUCCUGAGAUCAAUAAUUUUACAACAUAAGAAUUUUGUAAUGCUGAAAAAGCACUUAUUGAAUCCUUAAAUUGGAAAUUAUAGAAAAUUACACUUCUUGAUAGAAUUGAAUCACUUCUUUCAUUUGGGGUCAUUGAUGAUGAUGAUAGUCUCUCACAACCUCCUUAACAAAAAGAAAAUAAAGAUUCAUAAUUUACUCAUAUUAAAUUGAGAGAUUUAAACGAAAAAUAAAUAAAUAAUUAUGUUAAUGAAGUAGAAAAUAAAUAUAUAGAAACUGCUUAUUCUGUGAUUCGAGGUAAAAACUCUUUUAUAAGUAGAUGAUCAAAUUUAUUUUUCUAAUGAUCAAACUAUAUUAGCCUUGUCUUGUAUUGCCUUUCUUAGAAAAAAGGCUGGAUUACUAAAUAUCUGGUCAUAACAGCUUUAAGCUCUGACUGGAGAAUCAGCUUAAAAAAUAUCAGCAACUGUAUCUUAGAUUAUGACACUUACACCUAAAAGUAUAACCAAAUCUCUCAUUAAUACUUCAUCUAGUUCGUAUUUGAAUAAUUAUUAGAUCUAAUCUUCUUAAAACAAAAACAAUUCUUAUAUGAAAAAUAGGUAGUAUUUAUUUGAAUCAAAUAAAUAAUCAGCUGGAGAUAUCAUAUUAUAAUAUAAUACAACAGCCAAAGCACAUCUCAAAGUUCCUUUAUUUCAAUCUUAAUCAACAAUGUAAUUAUCAUCAAAAAACGAAAUCAUGAAACCUCAUCAAAUAAAUUAAAAUAAAUAUUCUAGUCGUAACAGUAAUUUUACAACUACAAACAAUUAUUCCUACUUAUCUGAUAAUAUUGUCCAUCCAAAUUCAUAUAUAAAACAUGCAGAAUUGGAUAAAAAAUAUGAGUAAUUACAAAAAGUAAGCGAGACAAAAUUUAGAACUAAAAUAUUCAGUUGA